UACAAUGAAUAAAAUCAUUAUUUUUAAUAUGUGACAACCAGAGAUUACUUUAAAACACGAGACGAAUUAGCUUGCGCAGCUACCUCACAGUUGAUGACAUUGCAUUGUGUACAUGCAACGGCCUCUCCAUGAUCAACACCAUCGUUGGCCUAGGCUAGUCACGCGAUUGAUAAGAUAGUAGGGAGGAGAGAUUUUCAAUGGAAUGGGUUACCUUUGUGUUUACAAUUUAUUGAAAGCAUCGAUGACAACAUCGCUAAGGUAAAGCAUGAUAAGUUUAUCCUUAAAUCCGACAGUUAUCUUACUUUGGUCGAAAUUACUCACCCUACCUCAACAUGACUAACGGAGAGAUUGCAAGCGGUUCGACACAACAGAGUCUGUUUACUUUGCGCAAUCCUUCAAACGCGGAAAUGAGUUGCAGGACGACAACCUGCUGCCAACGCCAGGUAACGAUCAGUGUACCGUUGACCGCGCUGGACACGCGACACAAAAUGUUCUCCUACAGAGUGAUUGAUUCGCAACUCACAACGGACCUGCACCACCAGCAGAUCGAGAUCCGACUCAACGAUACGUCCGCCAUUCCGGACGGGCAGCAGAAACGAACUCCGGCGCACUGUGUCAUCACGCCCACGUACCUGGAUGCGGCCGCAAGGAUUCGGAAUCUGACCGUGUACGAGGAUGACGUGUGGAUUGUGACGUUCCCCAAGGCGGGGACGACCUGGACCCAGGAAAUGGUUUGGUUGAUCGAUCAUGACCUGGAUUACGACACGGCUAGCAAUGUGAAUCUGCUUGAACGAUCGGUGUUCUUGGAACUUUCUUGGGUGAUCCUGGGAUGUCCCGGUGAUACCAUUCAGCAAGUGGAAGAUCUACCGAGACCUCGUCACAUCAAAACACACCUCCCGUUGGCCUUUCUACCCUCCCAACUGUGGACCGUUAAGCCCCGGAUCGUGUACUGCGCUCGGAAUCCCAAGGAUGUGGCCGUGUCCUACAUGCACCACUAUCACCAUCUGCACGGAUUCACCGGACCAAAGGAGGCGUUUCUCGACGGAUUGCUCGCCGACAAGGUGCUGUGGUGUCCCCAGGUGAAGCACGCGCUGGACUUUUGGAACGUUCGCCAGCUGGAUCACGUGCUGUUUUUGCACUUUGAGGAGAUGAAGAAGGUUGGUAUUGCGUUGGUAUUGAACUCGAUCAACACAAUCUGGUUCCGCGAGUUCACGACGAAACAAGUGCGUUUGAAAAUGUUUGACUUUAAACCUUUAGAAUUUGACGAGGCCGACUCGCUCGGCUGCCCUGGAGCUCCCACAUUCGUCGAAGUCCAGCUGAAAGACUCCCCAGAAGAGGCUAAACCGUGCGUCCUGCCAGCAAAGUUCGUCGACUACGCCGACCGAAUCCGCAACUUCCAAGUGUACGAAGAUGACGUUUGGAUCGUGACCUUCCCCAAGUGUGGCACAACGUGGACGCAGGAAAUGGUUUGGUUGAUUGACCACGACUUGGACUACGACACGGCGAAGCAAGUCAACCUAAACUCGCGAUCGGUGUUUUUCGAACUCGGUGCCGUGGGUCACAACAUCCCAGUGGACACCGUCACCACGGUUGAAAACUUGCCCCGCCCUCGCCACAUCAAGUCCCACCUUCCCCUCCCGCUGCUCCCCCAGCAGCUGUGGACCGUAAAGCCUCGCAUUGUGUACGUCUCGCGUAACCCAAAGGACGUGGCAGUUUCGUACCUGCAUCACUACCAAAUGAUCAUGGGAUUCCGCGGGUCCAAGGACACCUUUCUGCGCCAGCUGGCGGCCGACAAGGUCAUGUACUGUCCGCAGGUUCAGCACGUGCUCGAGUUUUGGCGCGUCCGCGCGGAACCGAACGUUUUGUUUCUCUCGUACGAGCGCAUGAAGCGGGACUUAAGAAGUGUGGUGGCGCAAGUGUGUCAAUUUUUUGGCAAGGAGUUUACCAAGGAACAGUUGGAUACUCUGGCCGAGCAUUUGUCGUUUGAUCAGAUGAAAAAAAAUCCUUCGACAAACAAUGUUCAAAUGACCCAAAAUGCCAUGCGGAUGAAUGGAAGAGCUGGUGAAAACUUCGAAUUCAUGCGAAAGGGGCAGAUUGGAGACCAUAAAAAUGAACUUUCUGAUGAAUUCAUCAAACUUUUCGAUGAAUACAUUGAACGCGAACUGAGUGGAUCCGACUUUCAGUUUGAUACUUGAAGGCCAUGUAGUGUGCUGGAGAUAUUUUUACGAAAUAAAUUGAGCAAUUCUGCCCGAAUUCCGGAA